UCCAAAACCCGGACGAUGCCGGAUUUGAGUCAAUUCGGCAUGGGAGGCGGGGGCCAUGGCGGCGGGGUUGGGGGCGGUGGCCAGGUGUGGAGUACGAAUGGCAUGACUUUCGCCGGAGGCGGAGUGGGCGUGGGCGGGACGUCGAAUAACGAAGACUGCGGGAUUCGCGAGGUCUGGAAUCACAACUUGGAGGAGGAAUUCAAGAGUUUGUGCAACGUGGUGCAAAAGUACCAUUACGUGGCCAUGGAUACCGAGUUCCCCGGAGUGGUAGCCAGGCCCAUUGGCGAGUUCAAAUCAACAGCGGAUUAUCAGUAUCAGCUUCUGCGUUGCAAUGUGGACCUGCUGAAGAUCAUCCAAUUGGGACUGACCUUUCAGGACGAAAAAGGCCAUCUGCCCGUCCAAGGUCCGUCCACGUGGCAGUUUAACUUCAAGUUCAAUCUGACCGAGGAUAUGUAUGCCGAGGAUUCGGUGGAACUGCUCCAGACCUCGGGCAUCCAGUUUGAAAAACACGAUCAAGAAGGCAUUGACCCCACGCUCUUUGCCGAGAUGAUGCUGACUUCCGGGCUUGUGCUCAUGGAGCCCGUCAAGUGGUUGUCGUUCCACAGCGGCUACGAUUUCGGAUACCUCCUCAAGCUACUCACCAACCAGCCUCUGCCCAAGACCGAGGGCGAGUUCUUCGAGAUCCUGAAACUCUAUUUCCCCAACGUGUACGACGUCAAGUACCUCAUGAAGAGCACCAAGAACCUCAAGGGCGGUCUCCAGGAGGUGGCCAAUGAGCUCGAAGUCCAGCGCAUCGGACCUCAGCAUCAGGCCGGAUCAGACUCGCUCCUGACCGGACAGACCUUCUUCCGCAUGAAGGAAAUGUUCUUCGAAGACGACAUCGACGACAGCAAGUACUCCGGCCACCUUUAUGGCCUGGGCACUAACUUCGUCGUGACCUCUUCAGCCAAUAACAGCUGCACGAACCUGGCCGCCAUUGCCGCGGCUGCCGUCCCACCGGCGGCAGCCAAUCCGGCCGUCAUCGUCCCGCCCACCACUGUUGCGCCCGCUACACCUACGGGCAUAGCAGCGCCCUCUUCCACGUCAGCCUCCGCCGGCGUGACCAGUUCCAACAACAGCAAACCGACCAGCCCCAGUCCGACGGCGGGCGGCGUGUCUGGCCAGAGCUCGAAAGAGAACUCCGCGGCCACGGACUCGGAUUCGGAUUCAGGCUCGGGCACGACUGCUGCCACGGUCGAAGAAUAGAUGGAGCCACAAGAUGAAUGCACAAUACUCUCGCCACAAAUAUCCGUCAUCAUGCCGCCGUUGGUACGAUUAUAUUUGGUGAUAGCGACCGACUGCCGCUACUCUGAAGAGACUGCCUGAGCGAAAGAAAGUGUUCAAGAUGUGGAAGAACUUAUCUGACAAAUGGUACAGAGCGAACCGAACUGCCUGUAGGUUUCGUUUGCUCAACUUCAAUGACCUCUUUUCUGACCGAUUGGGUUCUCUUUCGAUCCUAAUCAAUCCCGUUUUUUUUUUCGUCAAUUCUUUGAAGGGGGGGGCCACACCCCUCCUUCCCAAGGUUUUAUGACCCGCAGAGAGGAAUUAUUUGUCCAUUUCAGAUUGGGAGUGAUCUGUCUGUAGUAUAUAGAGCGAAUGGAAAUGGCAAAUAAAGGAUGUGUGUUAAAAAAGAAAAGAGAA